AUGUCUACCACAGCAGAGGACGGUGCGGCAUCCAUCACACAUUCAAAUGCUUCUUCCUCGGUCCUCGAUCCUGCCAACUUUCCCCAGACCAAAUCUUCGGAUUCAAUCUACAUCUGCCUCGUGUACGAUCCUAUAGACUCACAGUCCUGCCUGCGCUUCACUCGUUCUCCGACCGCCGGCGCCAACGUCCUCUUCCUCGGCACGACUCGCAACAACUUCGACUCCCGGCCGGUGUCACGCUUGUCCUACUCGGCCUACCCUUCCCUCGCCAUCAAGAGUCUCUUCGCCAUUGCGGAAGAUGUGCAGAAGAAGCACGGCCUGGAGAAGAUCGCCAUCGUGCACAGGUUAGGCGAGGUCAAGAUCGAAGAGGAGAGUAUCGCAGUCUCGGUCAGCAGUGGACAUCGAGCAAGUGGUUGGCGAGGGGCCGAGGAAAUCCUGGAAAGAGUAAAGGCCAGGGCCGAAAUAUGGAAACGAGAAUGGUUUGCAGAUACCGGCGAAGUCGAAGAAGGAGUGUGGAGAGCGAACAAAGACAGAGAUGCACAAGGAAAUGUCAUAACGAAACCUUGA